UGCUCCAGGAACAGAGGUACCAUGCAGCCCCGGGUCCUCCUUGUUGCUACCUUCCUGGUGCUCCUGGCCUCUGCCCGAGCUUUGGAGUCGGAGGAAGCCUCCCUCCUGGGCUUCAUGCAGGGAUACAUGCAGCAAGCCACCAAGACGGCCCAGAACGCGCUGGACAGCGUGCAGAAAUCCCAGGUGGCCCAGCAGGCCAGGGGCUGGAUGACAGAUGGCUUCAGCUCCCUGCAAGACUACUGGAGCACGUUUAAGGGCAAGUUCUCUGAGUUCUGGGAUCCUACCCCUGAGGUCAUACCAACUGUCGCCUCUGAGGGCAUCUGAGACCGCAACACCCCAAGUCUGCCUCCCCAUCCAUCCUGCCGGCUCCUUGGGUCCUGUGACCUUCAGGGAUGACCCAUAAAUUUCUGGGAAAGGACAGUGUUCUCCGUGCGGUCCCACCUCCCCCAGCCCCAGCUCACUCCCAGGCAAGCUGUCCUCCCAAUA